UUGUUUUUUUUUUUUUUUUUAAAUUUUUAACUUGUUUAGUUGGGGUUUCCCGAUGUUUGCACGAGCAUGGUAUCAUAAAAAGGACUCCACGAGAUGAUUCGCAUUUGCGGCAAUGUAGCUUUUUAGGAAAUGCGAUUUAAGAACAGAUACCAUUGAUCUCACUGCACAUCUCCCUGUCUUUGAUUUUAUAUUUAUUGUAGAACACUCCUUUUCAGUUUUCGGUUUAAUACUUUUUUACUGAGGGGGUGCUAUAUACGUGCAUCUAAAUGGUAGGCUUUCUAAAAGGAACCUGGAGAUUCUUUUGAAUAGGCUUUGAAGUUAUUGACUAAAGGCUCUUCUAUUAAUAGUAACGCUAGAUAAUGGAGAGCUUGAAGUGCUUUCUGUCCCCUUUUUUUUUAGAUGUUCACGUUAGAUAGCGACUAUGGCCGUCACCUGCAAUUGCGAGAUAUUCUGUCUUCUGUGGUUUGUUCAAUUGAUUUUAUACGUGCCUAGUGACGGUGAUCUGGACAUCUUCAAUCAUCCCUGCCAUUUCCCCCCCUCAAGAUGGACUCUGUAAAAUCUUCCGCUCUCACUCCAAAUAAGAGUCGAUUGGCAUGCACAUUUACCAAAGUUCUUCAUAUUCGAGCUCUAACUGGGAUAGCACCAGUUCAUGGGACUCAGAAAGUUAAGCCGCAAGAAAAGAUCAGUGAUGAUUGUACAGCAAGUAAGAGUACUGGGAUAGCACCUGUGCACGGGACUCAGAAAGUUAAGCCGAAAGAAAAGAUCAGCGAUGAUUGUACAGCAAGUAAGAGUACAGGAAGUCAAUCUGAGUCUUUUGAUAGUGUCGAAGAAGAGUUCCAGAAUAGAGUCCAAUUGCAAGCACUGGUAGCAAAAUUGUUUGCUAGUAUCUCAUCAGUCAAAGCUGCAUAUUCCCAGUUACAGUAUGCUCAAUCCCCUUAUGAUGCCGAAGGCAUUCAAGAUGCUGAUCACUAUGUUAUCUCAGAAUUGAAAGUUUUGUCUGAAUUGAAACAGUGUUACCUUAAAAAACAGUUUGAUCCUUCACCAGAAACCACAAUGCUCUUGGCUGAAAUUCAGGAGCAAAAGAGUCUUGUGGGAACAUAUGACAUAAUGGGGAAAAGAUUGGAAUCCCAAACAAGACUUAAGGACUCCGAAAUUAUGUUUCUGAGAGAGAAGAUCAACGAUAUUAGAAAACAGAAUAGGUUGCUUGAGAAAAGUUUAAAUCAAAGUGGGCCGAUUUCUUUCACUGGUGAUCUUCACUCAUCAGGAGUAAACGCGAGCCAUUUCAUUAAAGUUCUUGGGCAUACAAUAAAGUCUGUUCGAAGUUUUGUCCGGAUGAUGGUGGAUGAAAUGAAAUCUGCUGUUUGGGAUGUUAAUGCAGCUGCAACGGAAAUCGAACCUGAUGCUGUUUAUUGGCAUGAUGAUCAUAGAUGCUUUGCAUUUGAGGCAUUUGUUUUCAGGGAAAUGUUCGACUCCUUCCAUAAACUCAAUUUUUCUCUCCCAAAUGAAUCCUUGCCCGAAAAAGGGAAACAGAAGCAAUUUUUCUAUGCAAGAUUCAUGGAGCUGAAGCUAAGGAAAACAAAAGAUUUUCUUUCACAAAAUUCUAGGACAGCCUUUGCCAAAUUUUGUCGGGUUAAGUAUUUGCGACUCUUUCAUCCCAAAAUGGAAUCAUCAUUAUUUGGUAAUUUAGACCAGAGAAGCCUAAUCAGCUCCGGUCAAUUCCCAGAUACAACUUUCUUUGGUACAUUUGCAGAGAUGGCAAGGUGGGUGUGGCUCCUACAUUCGUUAGCUUACUCCAUUGAACCGGAGGCUUCCAUUUUUCAAAUAAAGAAAGGAAGCCGAUUCUCAGACGUCUACAUGGAAAGCGUAAUUGAUGAAAUGUUCCUUUCACCAGAUUCUGACCCAUUUGUAGCAUUCACUGUUGUUCCUGGGUUCAUGAUUGGUAAAACUGCAAUCCAGUGCCGGGUCUAUCUCUCACAAUGACCAUUUCUUUAUUAAGGGAACAACAGUAUAUUAUCUUUUACCAACAAUCGCAGGCACCAACUCAAAGAUCAAGCUGUUCAACAAUUUACUUCUCUCGAUUGAAUAAAGAUGGUGGACAAGCUGCUGCACAUAUUGUGACGCAGUGGCAAACAUCCUACUUAGGCGUGCAGUCAAAACGAGUAAGUGCAAUUUUCUAGCGAUUUUGGAAGUGAAACCGCGUGAACUGAAGUUAAUUGAAUUGUCUUAUUUAUCUCGAUUGAAAACCAUCCCAUCAAAUUUUGUUAAUAUUAUUAUAGGGUCAGUGACAGAGGGAUGGUCUGGCUGUUGUGCAACAGAACCAGACAAUGCAUGUACAUGUAAGUAGCAAUCACUAUUAUAAAAUUAUAUAUAAAGUUAGAUGCCCCAUUUAAUCUC